AGGAAGCCUUAAGUACAGUUGUAGUUGAUAUACCAGAAAUGAAUUGGCAGUGGAUUCUUGCUGAUAUGAAUGAUGAUGGAAGUAUGAAAGAUACUUUUUCAAAUUCUUCAACAUGUGAAAACAAAAAAGAGGUGCUAAUGACCUUGGAAGCCAGUCCAUCGGGGAUGUUAAGACCAUUGCCUGUUAUAGAACAGGAUGAUCCUUUUUUUCAAAGUUUGCUGCACACUGGUACAAAUGAAGAGUCCGAUUUUGUGAUUGAUUGGGGAGAAGAGGACAAAUAUGAAUAUUCUAAGCUUAUACGUAGGGAUCGACUGGAUGGUCUUCUAACUUCAGCAAACAAAGAAACAGGAUAUGAAAUAUCUCCAACUCCUUCUGAUGGGAUAACUUCAUCAACUCAUUCUACCUCAACUGCUUGUACUCCUUUGGUCAGUGAUAAUGAAGACCGUGAAGGUCUAACUGCGACUCCACCUACCUCAACUGCUUCAUCUGACCUUCCUAUCUCCGUCGAUGAUUGUGGAUUUAAAACCAACAAGCCAUUCCCUUGUAUAUUUUGUAUAAACAAUGAUCCACCAGAUUUUUCAUUUCAUUCUAAGCUAAAACGACACCUGAUCAGAAAGCACAAAAACGAACCCAAUAUUGUUAAAAUGAUAGCGGACACUGAAAAUGUUUUAUUCAAGAAGAUAAAGUGUGAGGGAGCUCAUCUCUGGAAUCUUAAUGUUAUCAAGAAGGGGUCUGGUAAAAUUAUUGUGUCCCGUGCUCCAGGUUGCAAGGAAGCGGACUAUACGAAUUAUCUUCCAUGUGGCUUAUGCUCAGCCUGGAUUACUUGUUCAGAGCAUACAGCUCAUGAAAACGGAUGCAAAAUUCCAGGAGUCAAGACUGAUAAGAAAACCGUGAGAGAUGCGCUAAGAGUAACAAUGACAAAAGAGGCCAAAGACGUAAUCUACGCUAUAAGGAAUGAUGCAAUUGGUACGGUAAUUUUUAUUCUAAAUGGUUUAGGAUUUUUUUUUUGGUGUUGGAACAUUUCAUAGCAAGACAUUUCAUAGAUAGGAUAUUUCGAAGGGGGACAUUUCAUAUACAAGACAUUUUAUAGACAUGAAGAUUCAU